CUACCGAAGAUGACCCACAACCUAUCGAUUUUCUAAAUUUAUAUACUAAAAUUACCUCUGCUGAAAAUGAAAAUCAAAAACAAAGUCAGAAAGUAAUUUUUCAAUACUAUAACUUCGGGAUAGCCAUAGCGAAACGCUUUAAGUUUCAUUAUGAAAAAUCAUAUAAUGUAAAUGAUGCUAAUAGUGAGGUAAACAAAGAAAUUGAAAAACAACUUCCCGAUGGUACUCCUGAAACUACUAUUCGAAAAAGAAAAGAAAGAGCCCAAAAGAUUUUUCAUUUAUUUAGUAAGAUAGGAACAAAUAAGAUAGGACGAAUAGAAUCUUAA